AUGGAUUUUCAAUUUGAAAAUCAUGGUUAUUUCCCUCUCUAUGGAAAACAUGAAGUACUUUUAACGGCAGCAACUCUCGACAAUAGCAUAAUGGAUAUAUUACUGAGUGAAACACCAACAUUGAUAUCGUCUUUACUACACCAAGAUCGUCCAUUCGAUUGGCCAACACCUGGUACGAAAUAUGUAUCAUACGUUCAAUUGUCUACUGUAUUAAAUGUUAUAGAACGCAGUAUAUAUGCCCAAUAUUGGAAUAUCAAUAACUUACCUGUAUCUGAAAUGACUAUUUAUGAAUAUCGAUAUUAUACACAAUUAUCAUCUCAUUUAUCGUCAUUAGUAUCGUAUCAUAAUAAUGAAAAGUAUUUAGAACAAUCUUAUCAAUUAUUAAGUAGUUCAGUAUUGGAUCAUUUAAUUCAAAUACUUGAUCUUGUUCUACAUCAUCAUUCACAACCAAAUACAAUUGAUCUACUACAAGCAAUCAGUUCUACUGAAGAUAGCGAUAAAAAAUUCUCGCUAACUGAACAAAAUGUAUCCAAUAUUGUUGAGCAAGUAAACGUCAUGAUCAAAGCUGUUAACGGCAGCGACCAAAAUCCCGUGGUGGCUACGGGAGGAACUAGUCAUCAUUUUGGGGUAAUUAAUCGUUCAAAAACAUCAUCGGCAGCUGAUAAUCAUGACAUACAAUCGUUUUCGUCCAGUCAACAGACACAAAAAUCAUUGUGGACAAAAAAUGGACGAAUUCCAUCGAAAUAUACGCCAGCGACGAGUUGGAAAAUUGCAAGAGAUAAAUCAAUGGACAUUUUAUCGAGAAAAUCAACAAAAUUAAAUUUACAUGAGCAUAAACAAACACCAAUAAAUCUUCCACCUAUCGGUACUGUUUUCAGACAAACUCGAAAUCCUUAUAAAACACCUCGUAUGCCAACCGAUGAUGAAGUUACUAAGUAUGCCAUAGCCUACGAGCUAAAAUGUUAUUUCUGUGGUGAACAAUGUAUUAGUUCCUAUGUUCGCUGUCGUAGCGAUUUGACACGAUUACUUAACCAUGAUGAAUUAUCACAUUUGAUAUCAACGUUUGAAGAUAUGGAUCAUGAUAAAGAUGGAUACAUUACACUUGGUGAAUUUUUAUCACGAAAACGAGCGAUGACUACAACGCCAACAGAUAGUUUGGACGAUUUUAUUAGACAGAAUAUUGAUCAUGAUAAACUACACUUUCGAAUUAUGGAUAGAAGUAACACAGGUGUUUUAGCAUGGUCCGAUUUUGUACUAUUUUAUACAGCUAAACUAUUAGCAAAGAAAAAUAAAAGUGAAAUAUCAGCAAAACUAAGUGAAAAAGAACUUGUAUUCGCCAAAAUGUUGUUUAUGAAAGAAAUGAGAAUAACAAAAGACACUGCCACAAUAACUAAAGAACAAUUUAUUCGAAUCCAUAAUAAUUUAAAACAUGAACUCAAAAAGAAAUAUGGUUCAGCAUUUUUAAAAAAUAUUAUUAGCGAAUGUGAUGAUGAUUUGAGAAUUAGUCGAAUCGAAAAAACUGGAGCAAACGUAAUAAGCUGGGAAGAAUUUAUUCGGAAAAUUUCAUUAUUUAUAUUAUUAAAUCGUACAAAUGAUUAUGUGAAAAUUAGUUGUCCACAGCGUGCAAUGUUACCAAACCAUUUGCAACCAGUAGGAGUGGCAAAAUCUCAUAUUAUAUCACAUCUAACGUUUGCUGGUCGUACUACACCAGCUGAUGAUGACGAAGAGACGGAUGUUCAAAUAGAACAGAAAAUUCAUCAAUUAACAGAACAACAGCGAGAAGCAUUCAGUAAAUAUACAAAAAUAUUUUCAAAACGUAGUGAACAAGAAAAAAUCAAAGAAUGGUCAAUUGUUGAAAAUGAUGAUAGCGACCAUCAAACAUUUCUUCCAAAACUAAAAUCUGAUGCAAAAGAUGGACGGCAGUCGAUUGCUGAACCCUGGCUUGUGGUGAAAGAUAUGCAAUUACUGAGGGUAGAUCCUAUUGAUAUUUCAACUAUAUAUCGAUCACAAACACUAUCAAAACCAUUGACCCUUACAUAUUUUUAG